AUGUCUCAAAUUUGGUGGAAAGAAGCUUCAAUUUAUCAAAUCUGGCCAGCAUCCUACAAGGAUUCCAACGGUGAUGGAAUUGGCGAUAUUCCAGGAAUCAUCUCGACAUUGGAUUAUGUGAAAAGGCUCGGUGUAGACAUUAUUUGGUUGUCUCCAAUGUACGACUCACCUCAAGAUGAUAUGGGUUAUGAUAUCAGCAAUUACGAGGCCGUGUACUCCAAGUAUGGCACAAUGGACGAUAUGGACAAGUUGAUUGAAGAAAUCCACAAGCGUGGAAUGCGUUUGAUUUUGGAUUUGGUGGUUAAUCACACAUCGUCAGAACACCAAUGGUUCAAGGAAUCCCGGUCUAGUAAAACUGACCCAAAGAGAGAUUGGUAUAUCUGGAAACCUCCAAAGUACGAUGAGGAAGGAAACAGACAUCCUCCCAAUAAUUGGCAGUCAGUAUUCUCUGGAUCAGCCUGGAAAUAUGAUGAGGAAACCGAUGAAUACUACUUACAUCUUUUCGCAGAAUCUCAACCAGAUCUCAACUGGGAGAAUGAAGAAACUAGAAAGGCAAUCUACGACUCUGCUUUGAUCUUCUGGCUCGAUAAAGGUGUCGAUGGGUUUAGAAUUGAUGUCGCAGGAUUGUACUCCAAAGUUCAAACAUUUCCAGAUGCGCCUAUACUUAUUCCGGAUCUGGAGUGGCAGCCAUUUGACCAGUUUUGUCAGUCAGGACCACGUAUUCAUGAAUUCCACAAAGAGAUGUUCCAACAAGCUACAUCCAAAUAUGACGUUAUGACGGUGGGUGAAAUUGGACACUCGACAAGAGAAGAUGCCCUCAAAUAUGUGAGUGCUAAGGAAAAGGAAAUGAACAUGAUGUUCUUGUUUGAUGUGGUCCAGGUGGGUACUGAUCCUCAAGACAGGUACGGCAUCAAAGAGUGGAAGCUUAGCGAUUUUAAGCAAACUGUUAGAAAUAUGAGCUCUUUUGCUGAGGGAACCGAUGCUUGGAGUACCGUUUUCAUCGAGAAUCAUGACCAGCCUCGCUCGAUCACCAGAUUCGGCAAUGACCUGCCUCAAUGGAGGUUCAAGUCAGGAAAGAUGUUAGCAACCUUGCAGGCUUCUUUGAGUGGUACCUUGUUUAUUUAUCAAGGUCAAGAAAUUGGAAUGACUAAUGUUCCCAGAUCCUGGGACAUCAAGGAAUAUUUGGACAUCAGCACCAUAAACUAUUAUAAACUGUACAAGGAUGCUCAUGGCGAUGUGGGUUUGGACAAAGUUAUGGAUGGAAUCAAUUUGUUGGCGAGAGACAACUCUAGAACUCCAGUUCAAUGGGAUAGUUCUGAAAAUGCUGGUUUUUCAACUGGAAAACCUUGGAUGCGUGUAAAUGAUAAUUACAAAGAGGUGAAUGCUGCAUCUCAGGUUGAUAUUAAAGAUUCUCUUUUCAGUUUCUGGAAAGAAGCUUUGGUUGUCAGGAAGAAGUACAAGGAUGUUUUGAUUUAUGGAGAUUUAAAUAUCCUUGACUUCGAAAAUCAGAGCAUUUUCUCUUACACAAAAACUAACGGAGAAUCUGAGGCUUAUGUGGUACUUAACUUCACAAAAGACAUUCAAAAAUUUGAGAAGGGAGUGUCCGGGGACUUUGACCUCGUUUUGGCCAACGUUGCUUCGCCUUCUGAAAAUGAGUUAACUCCAUAUGAAGCACGAAUCUAUAUUAAGACCUCCUGA